AUGGCUCAAACAACUGUCGUUGCCUUCGAUAUUUACGGUACCCUACUAUCGCCCGGAUCCAUAGCAGGGGACCUGGAACAGUAUGUCGAAUAUGACAAGGAGCGUGCCCAGUCAAUUGCAACAUUGUGGAGGCGCUACCAGCUAGAGUAUACGUGGCGAUUGAAUAGCAUGGGUCGAUACAUAUCCUUUGAAGAAGUCACACAUAAUGCGCUUAUCCAUGCUUUGCGUGAUACGGGGACGUCAGUAGGGGACGACGAAAUCAAAAAGCUGCUUCUGAUGCAUGACAACAUGGCCGCGUUCCCCGACGUGGAACCGGCGUUGGAUCAGCUGGCAAGGGCUCAGAAUGUGAUGCCUAUUAUCUUCACUAAUGGUACUUCGAAUAUGGUAUCCAAGUCCAUCCUUCAGUCAGGCCCACUGUCGCACCAUAGAGAGACAUUUAGAGACCUUGUUAGCGUCGACGACGUUCGAAAAUUUAAGCCUGCACCGGAGGUCUACAGGUAUUUGGCCCAAAGAGUGGGAAAGUGCGUGCCAGAAAUGAAAGACAUCUGGGUGAUCAGCUCCAAUCCUUUCGACAUAAUAGGGGCGCUCCACGUGGGCAUGAGAGUCAUUUGGAUUGACCGAUCCGGGAAAGGAUGGGCGGACAGAGCGCUGCCGGGCCUGGAGCCGACGGCGAUUGUCAAUAGUUUGGAUGAAAUACUACAUGUCAUUCAAGACCGUACGGGUUAA